AUGUCUACCGUUACACCUACUGUCUUAUGGGCUCAGCGCUCUAGUGCUGAUGAUGCUUCGAAAAAUGUGAUUUAUUUGACAAUCGAAGUUCUUGAUCCUAAAAAUGCUAAGAUUGAUUUGAACUCCACAAGUUUGAAACUUUCUGCUGAUUCUUCAGACUCUGAUGUACACUAUGAGUUGGCCAUUGACUUUUAUGAUGAGAUUGAUCCAGAGAAUUCUCAUAAAAACACUUCGAACGGGUCCCACAUUUUCUUUUUAUUGAGGAAGAAGAACAAGAAGGCCGAAUUCUGGCCAAGAUUAACGAAAGAAAAGUUGAAGUUACAUUACAUCAAAACUGAUUUCGACAAAUGGGUGGACGAAGAUGAACAAGAUGAACAAGCAGCUGAAGAUGAUGACAUGGCCAAUAUGAUGAACAUGGGUGGCGGCUUUGGUGGUCCUGGUGGUCCUGGUGGUCCUGGCGGUCCUGGUGGUCUUGGCGGUGCUGGUGGUCCAGGUGGCGCUGGAGGCUUAGAUUUCUCUCAAUUGAUGCAAAGUAUGGGUGGUGCUGGUGGUGCCGGUGGCCCAGGAGGUAACUUUGAUAUUAGUUCUUUAGCGAGCCAAUUGGGACAAGCAGGUGCAGGUCUUGAAGGUGACGACGAUGCUGAUGAUGCUGCUGCUGAAGACGAGGGUGCUCAGGAAUCUAAAAUCGAAGAAGCGAAAUAA